AUGCUACGACUUAAAGAAGAGUUGAGAGCUGCCAAGGAAGUAAAAGAUGAGGUGGGAGAGAAAGACAGAGAAGGGAGCAGCCUGAACAAAAAGCUCUUGAGCCUGCAAACUGACAUCAAGAAUCUACAUAAUGUCUGCAAGAGACGAGGAAAGACUUUGCAGGAGAAUCAGCUCUGUGAAGAGGAUGAAAUGAUGACCAGCAGCCAGAACAAGAAGCAAGCAUUAGCAUUUGAGGAGUCCGAGACGGAGUUUGGGUCCAGCAAACAGUGUCACCUGAGACAGCUCCAACAACUGAAGGCAAAAUUGCUGGACCUUCAGCAAGAACUGGAAUUCCGCACAGAGGAGUUACAGACUUCAUAUUGUUCCCUCCUGCAGUAUCAAUCCAUCCUAGAGAAGCAGACUUGUGACCUGGUUCAACUUCACCAUCACUGCAGACUGAAAGAAGAUGAGGUGAUUCUCUAUGAGGAGGAAAUGGGAAGUCAUGCUGAGAACAUGGGGAAGGAGCUGCAUAUAGCACAGAAACAACUUGCCUUGGCCGGGGAUAAGAUUGUCUCUCUAGAAAGGAGUUUAAACCUCUACCGGGAUAAAUACCAGACUUCCUUGAGCAACAUUGAACUACUGGAGUGCCAAGUGAAGAUGUUGGAGGGGGAGCUCAGCGGAAUCGUUGGUCAGGAGACAGAGGACAAGGGUGAUCACCCAAAGGUGCAUGUGUAUUCUGCUCCCUGCAUAAUUCAAGACCACCAGGACACUGUGAAAAGACUGUCAGCAGUCUGGCAAAAGGUGUCUGAACAGGAUGACCUAAUCCAGGAACUUCGAAAUAAGCUGGCCUGCAGUAAUGCUUUGGUUUUGGAGCGUGAAGAGUCUUUAAUAAAAUUACAGGCAGACUUUGUUUCCUAUAAAGCCACCCACAGACAUCCUCCUUGCUCUUCAGGAGACUGUGAAGACAUUAAAAAGAUACUGAAGUUCCUGCAGGAGCAGAAAGACAGCCAGUGUUUGCACGUGGAGGAGUACCAGAACCUCGUGAAGGACCUGAAGAUGGAGCUAGAUGUGGUGUCAGAACAGAAGAAGAACAUCAUGAAGGACAUGAUGAAGCUAGAGCUGGAACUGCACACGCUACGGGAGGAGACAUCUUCUCAGAUAGAGAGGAAGGAUAAGGAUAUCUGCCAUCUGCAACGGCGACUGCAGGAGACGGAGUGGCGCUUCUGUGAGAUCCAAACGUUUGCUUCGGAGAAAGACAGGGUCCUCCGGGAGAAAGAGGACACGCUACACAAGCUAGAGAAGGAACUAGCACAGGCUUUGGAUGCCCUUAAAAACAAGGAGAUGAAGGUUGAGAAGCAGCAACAAAUGGUAACAGAACACAAAUUAGAUGCCAAUCAGGACAACUGUGAGGCCCUGCGUGCUGAUAUCCAGAAGCUGAAGAGUAGCCUUGAAGAGGCCAAACAGCAGAAGAAGCAAGCUGCUCAGCAAGCAGUCCAAUAUAAAGAACAGGCUUUUCAGGCUGAGAGCAAGCUGGAGGAUUCCCAGAGGAAACUUCAAAGCUACAUUGUCCUGGACAGGCAGAAGGAAGUUACCAUCCAAGAACUACGGAAAGACCUGCAGACACAGCAGAAGGAGUUUUUGAAGGCAAAAGAGCAACUAGCAUCUAGCAGUAAACAAAUAGAUGAGCUGACAUCAGAACUUUCUGAGGUCAAGAGGAUGCUUGAAAUUUCAAACAAGGAGAAGAAUCAACUUCAGAAGACAGUAGAUGAGCUGGAAAUGAAUCUGAACAACAACCUAGAGCUUAUGAAGCAGAUUCAGCACCAGAACAAAGAGCAUGCAUCCAGCAAAGACAAUUUAGAAGAUGAGCUUCAGGAGGUAAAAAGGUUACUGGAGGAGAAACGACUGCAGUUAAAAAAGAGCAAAGAACAGGAGAAAAUUCUGGAACAAGAAAUUGAGUCACUCCGAGAGGACGAAAGAAGGAAAGAUAAGAUGUCUAAAGAGAGCUUGAGGAAGUUGGAGGAAGAAAAGGAAAAUCUCCAAAUUGAGCUGUUGCAUUAUUCUACACAACUAGAUACUUCUGUCAGCAAACACAACAACACCCAACAAAUGGUCCAAGAGCUAAAUAAAGAGCUCUCCCAGCAGCAGGAGGCCAUCCUGAACCUGCAGGCCCAGCUGGAGAAGGCCAUACAGAGAGAGAAGCAGUGUCUGCAGAGCAUGGUCAGUAAGGAUGCCUACGAGGAGCUAGCCCUCAAGGCCAGCACCUGCCAAGAGGACCUGACUCGUGCCCUGGAGAAGCUCAAUCAAGCAGCCACAGAGUCCAAGGAUCUGCAUCGAAGUCUAAUGCAGACCCAAGAGAGGAAAACUCAGCUGGAAGAAGAAAUCACUGCUUAUGAGGAGAGAAUGAAAAAGCUCAACAUGGAAUUAAAAAAACUCCAGGGUUUCCACCAACAGAGUGAGCUAGAGGUGCACAUCUUCGACAAGAAGCUGGAGGAGAUGACCAGCCAGGUGCUACAAUGGCAGAGACAGCACAAGAGUGACCUCAAGAUGCUGGCAGCCAAGGAGGAGCAGCUCAUGGGGUUCCAGGUGGAAAUGGCCGCUCUGAAAGAGAAACUCCUGGAAGAUGAGGCAGAAGUCCUUCGAUCCACCCAGCACUCUGUGCCCAAGGAAAACUGUAGAAUGCACAGAGAGAAUGAAAAGAUUAUAAACAACAUGGAACAGUGGGCCAAAGAGCAGAAGAUCGCCAAUGAGAAACUAGGAAACAAGCUCCGUGAACAGGUCAAAUACAUCGCCAAACUGACUGGUGAAAAAGACCACCUCCACAAUGUGAUGGUACAUCUGCAGCAGGAAAACAAGAAGCUAAAGAGUGAGAUAGAGGAGAAGAAGUUGAAUGUAGGGCAACCAAAAUUAUGCAGCAAACCCCUAGGCUUCCUGAGCAGAAUGGAGCCCUUACAAAGGGAGAGGAAAGUGUGCGGGGCGAUGGGCUGGAGGGGUAUGCCCCAGGACUUGGGCCAAAGAAUGGACAACAAAUUAGUGGGGAUGCCCCACUGCUCAGGUUCCUCGUUUUGCUAG